GUGAAGUUUGAGAACUAUUCCACAAACAGACCGCCCCCACCUUACCAUGACUUUGUCCUUCAGUUCAUCUCGCCUUUUCCCCUUCUCCUUCAUUUCCUUGAUCCUCCCCGUCCUCCUCCUGUCUUUCUCCAUCCCUUCUCAAGCUGACUCCCAAGAUGUAGCCCAGUCUACCUCCAACUGUUCUUAUAAUGUCGUGUGUGCAGAGGGGGUCCUUUUACCAGUGUGGAAUCCCCAGAAUCCCUCAGUUGGUGACAAAGUGGCCCGUGCCAUUGUGUACCUAGUGGCACUAGUCUACAUGUUCUUAGGUAUGUCAAUAAUUGCUGACCGCUUCAUGACUGCCAUCGAAGUUAUAACUUCUCAAGAAAAGGAGAUCACUACAAAGAGACCCAAUGGUGAAACUGUCACCACGACAGUUCGCAUAUGGAAUGAGACUGUCUCCAAUCUGACCCUCAUGGCUCUGGGUUCCUCAGCGCCUGAGAUUUUGCUUUCAGUCAUUGAAGUCUGUGGGCAUAAUUUUGAGGCUGGUAAUCUUGGUCCCAACACCAUCGUGGGAAGUGCCGCCUUCAACAUGUUUGUGAUCAUUAGCAUCUGUGUCUAUGUGGUACCUGAAGGUGAAAGACGGAAGGUCAAACAUCUUCGGGUGUUUUUUGUGACUGCGGCGUGGAGCAUAUUUGCCUACAUCUGGCUCUAUCUUAUCCUCUCUGUGUUCUCACCUGGUGAGGUGGAAGUGUGGGAAGCAGUGCUGACAUUCCUCUUCUUCCCUCUCUGCGUGGUCCAGGCCUGGAUUGCUGAUCGACGAUUGCUCUUUUACAAGUAUGCUCACAAACGGUACCGAACUGAUAAGGGCCGUGGAAUUAUUGUGUCCGAGGGCGGUGAGGAGGUUGGGAAGGAGGUGGGAUUCACAAAGAUGGACAUGCUGGAAAUUGAUGGAAUCACAACACAUCUGGAUGGAAUGUUGGGAGGGGAAAGUGGGCUUGGUGGACGUGAUCAAGAGGAGGGGGCCAGGAGAGAAAUGGCCAAAACUCUGAAAGAACUGAAGCAAAGACAUCCUGACAAAGACAUGGAGCAGCUCAUAGAGAUGGCCAACUAUCAGGUUCUAAUACAGCAGCAGAAGAGCAGAGCUUUCUACCGCAUUCAGGCGACAAGGAUGAUGAUUGGUGCUGGGAACAUCUUGAAGAAACACGCAGCGGAUCAGGCACGUAAAGUGGUCAGCAGUGGGGAACCUCGGGAGCAAGAGGAUGACCCUCUUGUUACAAGAAUAGACUUUGAACCUGCCCUCUACCAGUGCUUGGAGAACUGUGGGUCCUUAAAACUUACUGUGCAAAGGCAUGGAGGAGAUGCUGGGUGUACUAUUAAGGUGGACUACCACACAGAAGAUGGCACAGCCAAUGCCGGUUCUGACUAUGAAUUUGCUGAGGGCACACUCGUCUUCAAACCUGGCGAGAAUAUUAAAGAGAUCACCGUUGGCAUUAUUGAUGAUGACAUCUUUGAGGAAGAUGAAUACUUCUAUGUCCGCCUGAGCAAUCCUCGUAUAGUCGGGUGGGCUGAUGGACAUCCUAUUACUUUGGAGACUGGAGCACCUGCUCCAAGCGCAGCCCUUGGUGAGGCCCACACAGCGACUGUGACAAUCUACGAUGACGACCACGCAGGAAUUUUCACAUUCGAAAGCGAAUCGGUGCGAGUUAGUGAAAGCAUCGGCAUCAUGCAGGUUAAGGUCCUGAGGACAUCAGGAGCACGUGGUCUGGUGGCGGUACCAUACCAUACAGUGGAUGCGACAGCUUGCGGAGGGGAAGACUUUGAGGAAGUGUCUGGAAAACUGGAGUUCCAGAACGACGAGACAGUGAAAACAAUUGAGGUGAAGAUUAUAGAUGAUGAAGAAUAUGAAAAGAACAAGACCUUCAGCAUUGAGUUAGGAGAGCCAGUGCUACUAGAGAUUGGACAGAAACAUGGAGACUCUAAUGAGAAUAAGCCAGAGGAAGAGGAAGUAGCUAAAAUGGGAUGUCCUAGUCUGGGAGAACAUACCAGAUUGGAUGUGGUGAUUGAAGAGUCUUACGAAUUUAAGAGUACAGUGGAUAAGCUCAUUAAGAAGACUAACCUGGCUCUGGUAGUCGGCAGCAGUAGCUGGAGAGAGCAGUUUGUUAGUGCUGUGACUGUGAGUGCAGGUGACGAUGAUGAGGAGGAGAGUGGUGAAGAGCGUCUUCCAUCCUGCUUUGAUUACAUCAUGCACUUCCUCACAGUCUUCUGGAAGGUUCUCUUUGCCUUCGUCCCACCCACAGAGUACUGGAAUGGAUGGGCAUGCUUCAUUGUGUCCAUCUGUCUGAUUGGUGUCUUGACGGCGGUCACGGGCGAUCUUGCCUCCCACUUUGGGUGCACUAUUGGCCUGAAGGAUUCCGUCACCGCCGUGGUCUUUGUUGCCCUGGGGACAUCUAUCCCAGACACUUUUGCCAGUAAGGUCGCUGCCAUCCAAGACCAGUAUGCAGACGCAUCCAUUGGUAACGUGACGGGCAGCAAUGCUGUCAAUGUUUUCCUGGGCAUCGGUGUGGCGUGGACCAUAGCUGCUGUAUACUGGCGUACCAAGGGCAAACCUUUCCACGUUGAUCCAGGUUCUCUGGCCUUCUCUGUCACACUCUUCACUGCUUUGGCUGUGGUGUGUGUCAGCGUGCUGUUGUAUCGCCGGCGCCCCUCAGUGGCUGGAGGAGAGCUUGGCGGUCCACGGACUUGCAAGAUAUUGACGUCCUUAUUUUUCAUCUCCCUCUGGCUGAUCUACAUCCUGUUGGCCUCACUGGAAGCGUACUGCCACAUCACUGGAUUCUGAGGCAGCGAGGCCUCAUAUUCUUUCAGCUUAAAGAGGAAUAUAAAAAAUGGCCAGUGAAGGAGCAUUUGUUUUGUAUUAAUUAGAUAUUUAUAUUUAACUUUUAAAAGG